CCAACCCAAAACCCAACAUGGCAGAGUGGCAGACACAGAGCAAUAGGAGUAGCACUGUACUACUACUGCUACUACCCUCUCUCUUUCUCGAGUUGGAAUCCAUCGAUCCAUUCUAGAGAGAGAGAGAGAGACUCAUCACUUGUGGGAGAGAGUAUCCACAGCGAGGUUCACGGGUUCUCAGCGGAGAAGAAAAGAGGGAAGAAGAAGAGGAGAUAAAAAUCUCUCCUUUUCUUCUUGGCUUUGCUUGUUGUUUCUGCAGUUACCUUUGUCUUGCCUUCAAUGCUACCGCUGUACUGCCGGAUCUGAGAGAGAGCUCCCGUUCCGCAGUUCUUCUUCUUCUUCUUCUUCUUCUUCCACAAUUCUUCUUCUUUUUAGUUCAGAAUUUCGCCUUCCAUUUGCUCCUUUGUUGAAUCGGUGACAAAAGGCGGUGAGAUUUUGGUUGUGUUUCUGCAAGAAAGGCUCGUUUUUUCUGGCCAUUUGUUGAUUGUUCAGGAGUCAAGAGAGAAGGUCACCUGCUCUCUUGCGGAACGCGGUGCUGUUCUUGCUGAUUUCAGUCUUCGUCCGGUGCUCGAGGUGAGGUUUCUUGGCACUUCACCUUCCCGCUGUUGCGCUGCCGAGAGGAGGAAGCAAGGAGGUGGAAAAGAAGCAAACUUUUGCUUGAUUCCUGUGCAAAUCUGCGCAGAAAGCCUGGAUUUCAUCCGAAUUCUGCUCCAUGGAAUGAUUAUUCCCUCCAUUUCCAAGAAUAAGAAAGCAUCUGAAGCUGCACUGCAGCUCUAGCUAGCCUCCAAUGGCGUCUGCAUCACCGUCUCCCUCCCCGGGCACCACCACUCCUGCCGCUGCCGCUGCCGCUCCCACCACCACCACCACCACCCCGCCUUCCACCGCGACCCCAACACCUGCGACGCAGCCCAAUGCCACUCCGGCCGACCCCUCCACCACUCCCCCGGCCGCCUCCCCUCCCCUUCCGUCCGCAGCCACGCCACCGCCACAGCCCGCUUCUCCGCCGCCCUCUCCACCACCGGUUCCGGCCGCAGUGCCGCCACCGGCCACAGUGCCGCCGCCGCCUGUAGCCAUUGCAUCCCCACCGCCAACUCCGCCAGCCACAUUGCCGCCGCCGUCGCCACCAGCUUCAGUGCCGGUGCCACCUACACCUGCUACUCCUCCAAAGCCUUCGCCUGUGCAGCAACCUCCAGUUGCUGCAUCACCACCACCUCCAUCAUCUCGGUCUGAUUUGCCUCCGCCUAACCCGCCAACUCGCUCAGACACGCCGCCAGUAACACAGCAGUCGCCUCCACCACCACAUCGGAGGACACCAAGAACGCCACAGGCUCCACCGGUGGCGCCAUCACCUUCUGGAAGUCCAUCCAAACCUUCUCCGGUUAGCCCAUCACCAAUUUCUGGUGAUCCAGCCAUCCCUACCCCCACUAGCCCCUUAUCGCCUGUGGCGACGCCAUCAGCAGCAAGCUCUGGUCCUCCUGGAACAACUCCAUCUACACCAGCCUCUGGUCCUCCAUCACCAGGUUCGGUUCCAGCCACGGCAGCAGAUCGAUCCAACAAAUCAUUGAGUCCCAACACACAGGACAGCAGCCGCUUGCCAAACGAUGGUGGAGUGAGCUCUGGUGCAAAGGCGGGCAUCGGUGUAGUCAUCGCCAUUCUUGUGCUUAGCUUGGUAGGAGCUGCAUUUUGGUACAAGAAGAAAUGGAGGAGAGCAACUGGUUACCAUGCAGGGUUUGUGAUGCCGUCACCUGCCUCGUCUCCACAAGUUUUAGGGUAUUCAGGUAAAACUAACUACAGUGCUGGCAGUCCUGAUUACAAAGAAUCAAUGUCAGAGUUCAGCAUGGGCAAUUGUCGGUUCUUCACAUAUGAGGAAUUGCAUCAGAUCACAAAUGGUUUCUCAGCUCAGAACCUGUUAGGGGAAGGUGGGUUUGGGUGUGUUUACAAGGGUAGCUUGGCUGAUGGAAGAGAGGUUGCGGUUAAGAAACUGAAAGGUGAUGGUGGGCAGGGGGAACGUGAGUUCCAUGCUGAGGUGGAGAUAAUAAGUCGUGUGCACCAUCGCCAUCUGGUUUCUCUUGUUGGGUAUUGCAUUUCAGAGGACCAGAGGUUACUUGUCUACGACUUUGUGCCCAAUGACACACUGCACCACCAUCUUCAUGGACGUGGAAUGCCGGUUUUGGAGUGGUCAGCUAGGGUUAAAAUUGCAGCUGGCUCAGCCAGAGGGAUAGCAUAUCUUCAUGAAGACUGUCAUCCCCGAAUAAUCCACCGAGAUAUUAAAUCCUCCAACAUUUUACUGGAUAAUAGCUUUGAAGCACAGGUUGCUGAUUUUGGUCUUGCAAGGCUAGCUAUGGAUGCUGUCACGCAUGUAACUACACGGGUGAUGGGAACUUUUGGUUAUCUGGCUCCGGAGUAUGCUUCGAGUGGGAAGUUGACCGAGAGAUCUGAUGUAUUCUCUUUUGGCGUUGUUCUCUUAGAGCUUAUUACUGGUAGAAAGCCUGUUGAUGCAUCAAAACCACUGGGUGAUGAGAGUCUUGUUGAGUGGGCUAGGCCAUUGCUCACACAAGCACUGGAGACUGGCGAUGUUGGGGAGCUGGUUGACACCAGGCUAGAUAAGAACUUCAAUGAAGCUGAAAUGUUCCGAAUGAUUGAAGCUGCAGCUGCUUGCAUUCGACAUUCAGCAGCUAGGAGACCUCGGAUGAGCCAGGUGGUGCGUGUACUUGAUAGCUUAGCUGACGUCGAUCUGAGCAACGGUAUUCAGCCUGGCAAGAGUGAAAUGUUCAAUGUUGCAAAUACGGCAGAGAUCAGGCUGUUUCAGAGGAUGGCAUUUGGUAGCCAAGAUUUCACAACUGAUUUCAGCCAAUCUAGCUGGGAUAGUCGUAGUAGAGAUGUUGAUGCCUCUGGUUCGAGGCCCUUGUAAUCAGUCUAAAUAGCGCUAGGGUAAUGUUGCAUUGGAUUUGUUUCAUCUGAUUUUUUCUUCUUCUUGUUUUUUUUGCCAUCUCUGUCAACUAAUGUAUAUCAUGCGUCCCGCGAAGAAGAGAAAGUGUAUAUUGCACUGAGGCAUGCCUGAUUGACAAGUUCUGACAGACAGAAAAUCACUAG